AUGUUUCUUCCCGUAGUCCCGUUGCGUAUUUUCGCGAUCUCAGUCCGCCCAGUCCUUCUUCAUUCAAUCUUUCUAGCCAUUCUGCUUCAUCCAUACCUGUGUAGUCAUCUGUUAGGUUGGUCAGUCGCUAGUCAAUUAUUGUUAAGAGAACUUCGAAAUGGAAGAGAAGUCUACUGAGCAGGCUAUCGUCCGGACCCCUUUGUGGGUGACGAUAGUCCAAGGAUUCCAGAUUUUCUUCGCAGUGGUGAUUCUCGGACUGUGUGGUUAUAUUAUCCAUGGCGUCGCAAUGGACCAGAUCGUCUUUGCGCUUGUCUGCUGCCUGUUCACCUUCGUCAUCUGCGCGUACACUAUGAUAACCGAGAAGCUGACCGGUUUCAAUUCCUCCUACAACAUCUUUGCGGUGCUCGCACUCAACGCGUUUAUGGUCGUCUUCUGGCUCGCCUCGAUGGGUGCCGUCGCCGCCCGACGAGCGACAUUUACCGUCCCCGUCAAUGCGAGUUGCUACAGCACCGGAUCAUCGAUUAACAGCGGCCGCUGCGACAUCUACAAGCGCGCUAUUGUGGUGACGCAGGCCGGUCUCGCCAUGAUUUCCGCAAUCGCCGGCCUGUCCGCGUUAGAAUGCAUCUUAUUCAUCACCGUCCUUGUCUACGCCACCCUGGAAUACAAGCGCAACUUCUACAAACCUUCCGCCGCGGCUGCAACCACUCCGGGCACAGCCGAAGCCGGCCAGGCCGUCGAAAUGAAGGCGCAGAACCAACCCCUAAUGGACCCCAACCACCCGCAGCAAGCGUACCCGCCUCAGCAAACCUACGCACAGCCGGUGCUGGGGCAGGUUGCGCAACCGUACGCGCCGAGUCCACAGGGCCAACCGGCGCUUCAGCAAUAUUCGCCGUAUCAGCAGCAAACGCAGUAUCCGACCGGCCAUACGGAGAUGCCUGGAUAUUCGACAGCUCAGUCACCACCCCCGCAGCAGGCGGUUAGCCCUCUACCGCAGCAGUAUCCGGCCGGCCGUACGGAGAUGCCUGGAUAUUCAACGACUCAAUCACCCCCUCCGCAGCAGGCUGUUAGCCCACCGCCGCAGCAGUUUACCCCUCAGUCACAGGUCGAGCAGCCGUAUUAUCCUCCUCAGCAGCAACAGUAAAAGAGUCGCAUGGGAUGACGCUGGAAAUCGCAUGAGGCAGCCGUUCGACAGCAGGCGAAGAAGCAUUGGAUCUAAUACGCUUAUGUCUAUGCAUAUCCUAGUUGAUAAACCA